CAGCUGGGCGCCCGUUCAGCCGCGACUGGAGAUUUCCAUAGUUUCAGACCAAACUAUUUUGAAUUUUUUCCCCAGCUAAGACGGUCUCUCUGGUGGUGGCGUUUUGCUGCUUUCCAAAACUGUGAUCUGUACAUCCACACCGUGCAGGAACCUUUCUGGGGGGAUUUUCUUGACUUAAAAUAAGGUGAAAAGUGAUAAAGAUGUUCAAGUGCUGGUCAGCUGUUCUGGUUCUUGGACUCGUUAUACUGAAGUCAGAAGGAAGGCCAACCAAGGAAGCAGUAUACGGACUUAAGUCCUAUCAACCUCUCAUAAGAUUGCGACAUAAGCAGGAGAAAAGUCAAGAAAGUUCAAGAAUCAAAGGAUUUCUGAUUCAGGAUGUCCCUUUUGGAUCUUGUGAAAAUAAGUACUGUGGCUUGGGAAGACACUGUCUGAUCAGCAGAGAGACAGGCCAAGCUGAGUGCACCUGCAUGGAUGUUUGCAAACGACACUAUAAACCUGUGUGUGGAUCUGAUGGAGAGUUCUAUGAAAACCACUGUGAAGUUCACAGAGCCGCUUGUCUGAAACAACAAAAGAUUACCAUUGUUCACAACGAAGACUGCUUCUUCAAAGGUGAUAACUGCAAGACCACUGAAUACAGCAAGAUGAAAAGCAUGCUUUUAGACUUACAAAAUCAAAAAUAUAUUACACAAGAAAAUGAAAAUCCUAAUGGUGAUGACAUAUUUCGGAAGAAGCUAUUGGUGGAUCAAAUGUUUAAAUAUUUUGAUGCAGACAAUAAUGGACUUGUAGAUAUUAAUGAACUAACUCAGGUAAUAAAGCAAGAUGAACUUGGGAAGGACCCUUCUGAUUGUACUUUGUAUGAUCUACUGAAAUUUGAUGAUUUUAAUGCUGACAAGCACAUGGCUCUUGAAGAAUUUUAUAGAGCAUUCCAGGUGAUCCAGUUGAGUCUUCCCGAGGACCAGAAGCUAAGCAUUACGGCAGCAACUGUGGGACAGAGUGCUGUCCUGAGCUGUGCCAUCCAGGGAGCCUUGAGACCACCGAUUGUCUGGAAAAGGAACAAUAUUGUGCUAAAUAAUUUAGACUUGGAAGACAUCAAUGAUUUUGGAGAUGAUGGGUCCUUGUAUAUCACGAAGGUGACUACAACUCACAUGGGCAAUUACACUUGCUACGCACAAGGCUAUGAACAAGUCUAUCAGAUUCACAUCUUCCAGGUGAAUGUUCCUCCUGUCAUCCGGGUGUAUCCAGAGAGCCAGGCUAGAGAGCCUGGGGUAACUGCCAGUCUCAGGUGUCAUGCAGAAGGCAUCCCCAACCCUCAGCUUGGCUGGCUGAAGAACGGGAUUGAUAUUACACCAAAGCUUUCCAAACAGCUCACGCUUCAAGCAAAUGGAAGUGAGGUCCACAUAAGCAAUGUACGCUAUGAAGAUACAGGAGCGUACACUUGCAUUGCAAAGAACGAAGCCGGAGUGGAUGAAGACAUCUCCUCUCUUUUUGUAGAAGAUUCUGCCAGAAAAACCCUAGCUAACAUAUUAUGGAGAGAAGAAGGUCUGGGAAUUGGGAACAUGUUCUAUGUUUUUUAUGAAGAUGGAAUCAAAGUGAUACAGCCCAUAGAAUGUGAAUUUCAGAGGCAUAUUAAGCCUAGUGAAAAGCUCCUUGGAUUUCAGGAUGAAGUGUGUCCCAAAGCAGAGGGGGAUGAAGUCCAAACGUGCGUGUGGGCCUCAGCUGUGAACGUCAAAGACAAGUUCAUUUAUGUUGCACAGCCCACUUUGGACAGAGUUCUUAUUGUUGAUGUGCAGUCCCAAAAAGUUGUGCAGGCAGUGAGCACAGACCCUGUCCCAGUUAAACUGCACUAUGACAAAUCACAUGACCAAGUCUGGGUGCACAGCUGGGGCUCCAUGGAUAAGACUUCACCCACCCUGCAGGUAAUAACCCAGGCCAGUGGGAAUAUUCCUCACCACACCAUCCACACCCAGCCAGUGGGAAAGCAGUUCGACAGAGUUGAUGAUUUUUUCAUUCCCACCACGACACUCAUUAUCACACAUAUGAGAUUUGGAUUUAUUCUUCAUAAAGAUGAAGCUGCAUUACAAAAAAUUGACCUUGAAACCAUGUCCUACAUCAAGACAAUUAACUUGAAGGACUAUAAGUGCGUCCCUCAAUCGUUGGCAUACACACACUUGGGAGGAUACUACUUUGUUGGUUGCAAACCUGACAGCACUGGAGCAGUGCCACCACAGCUCAUGGUGGACGGUGUAACCGACUCAGUCAUUGGGUUCAAUAGUGAUGUGACGGGCACUCCGUAUGUCUCUCCAGACGGCCACUACCUUGUCAGCAUUAAUGAUGUCAAAGGUCUUGUGAGAGUCCAGUACAUUACCAUCAGAGGAGAAAUACAGGAGGCCUUUGAUAUCCACACCAACCUGCACAUCUCUGACCUGGCCUUCCAGCCGUCCUUCACCGAAGCCCACCAGUACAACAUCUAUGGUAGUUCCAGCACACAAACAGAUGUGCUGUUUGUGGAGCUCUCCUCUGGGAAAGUCAAGAUGAUAAAGAGCCUGAAGGAACCACUCAGAGCAGAAGAGUGGCCCUGGAGCCCGAAGAACAGGCGGAUCCAGGACAGUGGCUUGUUUGGUCAGUACCUGAUGACUCCUUCCAAGGACUCUGUCUUCAUCCUAGAUGGACGACUCAAUAAGUUAAACUGUGAGAUCACCGAGGUUGAGAAAGGAAAUACAGUCGUUUGGGUUGGAGAUGCCUAAGAGCCCGAUAGCAUUGCUGAGUGAAGUUUUACAGUACAUUGCACUUAACCCAUUGUUUAA